AUGGGUGCCAAGAAGAUGUCAACCUCGGACUCGGGCGAGCCUCUGCCACCCUUGUCAGCGAGUGAUUUCCGCACCUAUAACCGCAUGUCGGAGCAAAUGGAAGCAUUCCAUAGCCAUUUUCGGUUGACAUGGAAUCAACUUUGGGAGGCCUGCGAAAGCAGUGGGAAGCGAGCACUUUCAGCCCGUCAAAUGAUCAUGAUGGGUCUUCAGUUUUGCUCGCAGUUGGAUUUCCACCAUUCCAUAGAAGAGCAACACAUUUUCCCCGUCUUAGCGAAAAAGAUGCCGGAAUUCAGAAAAGAGCUCGAGCUUCUGAGUCAACACAGGCAGAUUCAUGCUGGACUUGAGAAACUCGAAAAAUAUCUCGAGAAAUGCCGCUCCGGCGAGGAAGACAUGCGCCGUGAAGAGGUGAAGCGAUUGAUGGAUGGAUUUGGAAAGGUGCUAUGGACGCAUCUGGAUCAAGAGGUCAAAACUCUUGAAGCAGCCAACAUGCGCAAGUUCUGGUCGCUUGACGAGAUGCGUCGCCUUCCUAUGUGA